UGUGGGGCUCUUUCCAAAUAUAGGGUGUGAAGAAACUACAGUUUCCUCCCUUCCCCUCCUAAUAUACCCGCUCAACCAGAGUGACCUCACUUCAAAAUGGAGAGGACCAGAAUUGACCAGUUUCUGCUCUUCUUUCUGAUUCUUGAACAAGGUGCACCGACCCCUGAGAGUAACCCUCUGAACAUUGUCGGGAUGAAAACCAGGCAGGUCACCCUUUACUGUGAGAGCCUGCUGCCCAAUUCACCUCAUGGGACCGAUCAGUGCUGGUAUUACAAAGGCAGUCGGAUUUUCUGUGGUGGUAGUCCAGUGCCUAGUAGAUUUGACGGUCGUCUAAACCAGGACGGUUCUUGCAACCUGGUUAUUUCAAACCUUGUGGAAGAAGAUUCAGGACUCUAUACUUACGUAUCAUCUUCUGGCUAUUUCGGGGAUGUGAUUCUCAAUGUAACCAAUGUGCCUAUGGUGACAAAUUUUCUGCCCUAUAUUGAGGGUGUGAGAGGAAGGUCGGUUAUCCUACCCUGCCUCAACUACCCCUCUGAGCAGCCAUUAUUGCAAAGACAGAACUGCUGGUACCAUGAAACUACUGCCAUUUACUGCUUUUCCAGUCCUCAGUCUAACACAAGCAUGUUCAUAUCUCGUCUGAGUGCAUCCAAUGACGAUAAUCUGGAAAUCUCUGAAUUACAAAUGUCAGAUACUGGGCGAUUCACUUGUUUCCUCAGCCAGUCUAAUUAUGGGAAGUUGAAGCUGACUGUGAAAGAUGUUCCAGUUUCCAAGCCAGUCAUAACCAAGACCCCCUCUGACUCCAGUAUUAGAGCUGGGACCCCCAUCUCCCUGAGCUGUAAGUCUGCUUUUGGGUCCUGGCCCAUCUCCUACAACUGGUACAAGCUGAACUCGCAGACUGGCGGAUAUGAACACUUUGCAUCUGGGGGCACGCUGACUUUGAACCCAGCAGAGGUGAAGAACACCGGGCUGUAUAAAUGCAAAGCAUCCAACCAGGUUAAUGGUGUGACUGUGCAGGAGAGUGCAGACACAGAGUUGACAGUGCAAAGCCCUAUUACUAAUAUCUCCAUCCUGGCCAUCCCCAAGCAGCUGUUUGUCUUUGAAGGACAGACUCUUACUCUACGAUGUCAGGUAGAUUCUGGUUCCCCGCCCAUCAACUGGAUCUGGUACCGAUACACAGAGGAUAGAGAGCAACCGGACUCCGAGUUCAGACACCAGCAGCAGGAGCUGAAACUGACACACACGGAGCAGAGCAGUGUGUACAGCUGCAAAGCCAACAACACCUGCCUGGGACAAGUUAUAACCUUAAAUAGCACAAAAAUGAAGGCCUUUAUUGUACCCAGACCUGUGGCACAUGCAGUAUCCUAUUCGAGUCUGGCUUUAUCCUUGUGUGCCCUGAUCGCCCUGGUUGUAAUUGUAGUCCUGCUUCUGAGGAGGAAGCCCACACCUCCACCAAGCCCACCCAAAAAAAACACAGCAGCGCUCCAGCCAAUAGCACAUCAGCGACAAAAUGUAAAACAAAAUGUGAGAGGGAAUGCUAAAGUGAAUGAGUACCAGGACAGUCACCAGGACAAUCAAAAGGACUUCUACUGUCCUCUCUCACGCGACACCUGUACAGGAGAAGACGUGUACGACGAACUGAUAUAAACACCUCGGACCCAGAAGGGAAGCCAGUUAUGUACACAAGGAAUUUGUGUAUUAAUAUUGUAUAUGACACAUUUUUACAAAUUUUUGCAUUGACAAAUAUAUGGGCUAUAAUGGAGAUUAUAUAUAUGUGUGUUCUUAAAGACUUUUGAUCUAACUUAUUUAAGUCUUAUCAAUCUAAUGUUCUAAUCCAGAUAAGAAAGAUCAAAGCAUAUUUAACGUGAACAUGCAUUUAUUAUUAUUAUUAUUAUUAUUAUUAUUAUUAUUAUUAUUAUUAUUAUUAUUAUUAUUAUUAAAUUGAUCCUUUACCAGAUGCUUUUAUCCAAAGCGACUUACAAAGACUAAGGGGUGAACUAUGCAUCACAGCUGCAGAGUCACUUACAGUAGGACCUAAAUAAUGAGUGAUCAACACCAUUUGCUUCCACAGUUAUUAUUAUUAUUUGUUUAUUUAGCAGACGCCUUUAUCGAAGGCGACUUACAGAGACUAGGGUGUGUGAACUAUGCAUCAGCUGCAGAGUCACUUACAAUUACGUCUCACCUGAAAGACGGAGCACAAGGAGGUUAAGUGACUUGUUCAGGGUCACACAAUGAGUCCGUGGCUGAGGUGGGAUUUGAAACGGGGACCUCCUGGUUACAAGCCCUUUUCUUUAACCACUGGACCACAUAGCCUCCUAUAACAGUUAAGUUAUCAACGCAAUGAUAGUGCAUUAUCUUUACUUUACAUGGUUAUACUUGUAUUGAUAGUGUGAAAACUGGGCUCUCCUUUGGGGCUACUGUAGGUAUUUUAUAAAGCAUUCCCAGAUGAAAUGUCUCAAUCAUUUCGCUUUGGUUUAUAAAUAAAUAUAUAUACACAAACAACACAACACCUUGCCACCUCUAACAUUGUUUUUCUAUUAGAAAUAUGUGUAAUAUCAGACUUCAAAUAGUUACAAUAAGCAAAGAAAAAAAUACCUGUCCUAAGUAUCGUGCCCAAGCCCAUAUAUAUUGAAGUUUAACAGCCAGGAGGAAGAUCAAUGGUUUAUAGUGUGAUUACAAUCAUGUAUCGCUUGUAUGCCUGGGGUUCAUUGUCUUACCCCUGUGAAAUUUCAUUUUUAUUUUCCAAUUCAUUUUUUUUAUUAAAUCUAGUUGUCAUCAAUACAUGAUCAAUACAUCAGGUUUCAUGCGUUUCACAAAUUCUAAUUUUAAAUCUUAAAUAACAUUAUAUAAACUAGAUGGUAACUUUACAAGUAAAGUUGUGGGGCUUGCUUUAUUGGGAAGGUAGUCAAAGUGGCUGAUUUUGUGUCAAAAGUCACAUUGUUUACUAAUUGUCUCAUGCUUAGAAUGUGCUAGAAUUUGAGAUUUCUCAAAGUUCUAUGACAGUUAAUUCAACAGUGGGAAGUAGCCUACUGAAAGAAGUUGAUGCGGUUACUAAAACAGCUGUAACUCUUGAUUGGUGUCAAAAGUUACAUCCUUUACAGUAAAUAGAAUGCUGGAAGUCUGGGAGUUUUUAAACAAUGGGGAGCUUUAGAAUGUUGAAAAAAGUCCCAUUAAAGUGAAUGAAGAUGGACAAAAAAAGGACCAAAAGCUUAAUAGUUUAAAAAGUAUAAAAGAUAGCAAAAGGUUGUAUACAAACACACUAUUCCAGACCGGUCUACAUGUUUUAAAGUUUGAACGGCGUUUGCAGCUUAAACGGUGUAAGAGGAGUAACGUGCCAAAGAAUAAGAGAAGUAUGUCAAAGAUUUAAAGUGGGGACUCUUGCUUCACAAGCCCCACUAACAAUAUCUUACCAAAGAUUUUGUACAGCUAAAAUAAAUAAUAGAUGUUUAAGUAAACAUUAAAAGAAACAUGAAGGGGUUAGUAUUGGUUGACAUGCAUUGUCAGAGUUUGAAACAAUACUGGGGAUCAUUCAAUGUAUGUUUGUAAAUCCAAAGGAAAAUGCGCCACCCGGUGGUUCUCUAGGGGAUAGAAUGCUGCGUGAGCUUAUCAUUCUGUGAAGCAGCCUGCGUGGACAUCUUCUGACGGCUCUUUGAUUUCACUGCGAAUGAAACAAAGCCCGCAAGCGAAAAGUCCAAACAGUACUUGCAUUCAUUAUUAUUAUUGAUGUAAAUAGUGUCAUUUUGUUUGUUUGUUUGUGUUGAAUUGAUACUUUUUUUUAAUAGUUUGAAGUACCAUGUUUUAGAUUUCUAAUCAAUAUCUUCCUAAAGUUUAUGUACAUUUAUUUUGCACUAAAACCUGUUGGGUUUUUUUUUCUGCCAUAUUUUUUAAACUUGAUUAUCUUUUACAUGCAUUUAACUGUGUCUAACCAAAAUUCAAUAGGCUUUGAUAAACAGGGGAGGGUCUUGUGUACAGCUAUGGUCAAAGGUUUUCCAUCACCUAGAAUGUUUCAUUCAACGUUAUGAAGCAAAAUGUGUUAAUUCUAUAGGGUCUUAUUCUUCAGCACUUUUAGAACAUUGCUAAAACCUUUGCUGAAACAUCAGCUAGCUAGUAAAUAGGAUGGGAUUUGAAAAAGGACGCAGAAAGUUACAUCGUUUAAGAGCAUAUGUAGAACACAAUAAUAAAAUACAUAAUGAAACUCUGACAGUUCUGAUGUCAUACCUAAUCCUGUGUGGACUAAUUCAACUAAUUAAUGUGAAUUCUAUCAACAGCCCAGAUACAGUAACCAGAACAAGUUGCAAAUUAAGUGGAGAUAGACUUAGUGGGUAGGAGACACUUCACACAAAGAGUGCAGAGGGUAUGGAACUUAAAGGGGUUUUUUUGGGGUUUUUUUUUUACACAAUGGGAAUACUAAUACGGUACCUUGUUUCCACAUACUGUGCCCUGACAUGUCAGUACCUGACACUGGCACGACACGGUACGGUAGCUGCCCAGAUGCAGGGGUGUGUGUGCGAGAAUGUGUAACGAACCGAGGAAAAAUGUCAGUAAACAAACAAAGAAUUCCGUGGGAGGAUUUUAAAAUCCCACCUCAGCCACUGACUCAUUGUGUGACCCUGAGCAAGUCACUUCACCUCCUUGUGCUCCGUCUUUUGGGUGAGACGUAAUUGUAAGUGACUCUGCAGCUGAUGCAUAGUUCACACACCCUAGUCUCUGUAAGUCGUCUUGGAUAAAGGCGUCUGCUAAAUAAACAAAUAAUAAUAACAUAUCGUUAGGUUACUUACCGUAACCCUGGUUCCCUGAAAGAGGAGACGACCACCAAAACCUUACGUAUGGGAUAUACCUGCCUAUCGGUAGGUAUUCACUGAGCUCUCUAUACCAGAACUGCUGAUAGGCCUCUUCCUGGAUGACACCCUCAGUCCCGCCUACCGAGGGAUUAAAACAUUCCACGGAAGCCAUUUCUCUUUUUGCACCGAACCCAUGAGGGCGAUGUGAGUUCACAGUUGGUGGUCAUCUUCUCUUUCAGGGAAUCAGGGUAAUACAGGGCGAUACAUAAAUAUUGUGGCAUGUCACAAGUUAAUACAGUGGAUUAUCACAGGAGUAAACACAUUAUGUUUUGCAGUGGCAGAUCAUCAUACCCAAAUGCAUGAUUGAAGCAGAAAUGUAGAUAAUCUGUUAAAUUUACAUGUAGCCAUCCCAUUAAAAAAAGAGUAGGUGUGUGGAGCUUGGAGGCAGGAUUUUGUUGCCCGUUUUUCUCCAUGCAGACACCUUUGUUUCUUUGCAUCCCUCUUGAAAAAUAGGAAAAAGAUUGUCAUGAGUGCAGUGGUCUCGUGAUGGUAUGUGUCAGUGUCACAGGACGAUAUUAAUUGGGUAAUGAUGUGGUGAAAUCAGGCUGUUGGUUUUUAUUUUAUUUUUUACGGUAACUUUCCACUUGUAUUUCAAACGCAAUAAACAUUUCUGGGAGACA